AUGUCUUCAGACGAGAAACCCCAAGACCAGGAGUUCAAGAGAGAGGAGCAGGAACACCAAGAUGGUCAGGAGCACCAAGACAACCAAGACCAGAACCAAAACCAGCAAGAUGACAACGACAACGACAACGAUAACGCCUCAGACCACCAGCAAGACUCUCAGCAAAACGGCAGGACGGGUGAACUAAGCGAAGACAACUCUUCCGACCGCGACGAAGAAAACGAGCCCGCAACACCACCCGCCCCCGAACGUCAACGCUCAAGCGGCCGCGGCGCCCGUGGUGCUCGCGGCGGCGGUGACGACGAUGCCGGCAACGACCGCGAAAGAACGCAGACCCAAACCAAGACGCAGGGCCGCCGCAGAAGAAGGGGCGCCCCGUUGCGCCAAGUCCAAGACGACGACUACGAUGACGAUGACUAUGAUGAGAAGGGACAGGGCAUGGUGCCCCAUCAGCAACGGCAGGGACAGCAGCAGAUGUACCAGCCACAACAACAGAUGCAGAUGCAGCAGCAGAUGCAGCAGCAGCAACAGGUGCAGCAGGGAGGCAAGAAGGACGACGGCAAGAACCCGCUCAAGCUGCGGCUUGACUUGAAUCUGGAUAUCCAGAUUGAGCUCAAGGCCAAGAUUCACGGUGACCUGACGCUGGCUUUGCUUGACAUGGAUUGA